AUGGCCGCCCAAAGCACCCUGCCCCUCUCACAGGAGCAAACCUCCAACUUCGCCCUGCAACAAUAUCUCCUCCUGCAGUCCCAACACGAGGAGCUCCGCCAACACCUCGACCAGAUCAGGCCCAUCACCACCUGCAACACCUCCCUCGCCUCCUCACCCUCAGUAUCCCCCACCCGCAGCACCUGCUCGCCGUUCGGACAGUACCCCACCGGUGGUCGCAGACACCACAGCCGCAGCCGGCGCUCGUCGCUCUCCUCCCCCAAGGCGCGCCGCAGCAGCUCCCUCGCUCCGAUUGCGGACGAGACGACGAUCUGGGCCGUCGCGGAGGAGGAGCAGCGCCUGUUCGACGUCAACGAGGGCAUGAAGCGGGCCCUGAUGGAGCUGCUCAACUGCGAGCAGGUGCGGAGCGACAGCUCGUUCCGCAUGUGGGUUCAGUGCCGUCUCAUGGACACGGAAAAGGAGCUGCGCUCUGAGCGACGACGUAAGAGCUCCCCGUGA